UAGUUAGGCCGAUGGGUGGCAGUGAAGUGCCUCGGAGGUAGCACUACCACAAAAGAACAACCGUUACCUCUCGUAGCCAAUCGCUAAACACCAUCUUCCAAAACAAAAAAUAUGGCGGCAGUGUCAGAGGUUGGGGUAUGAAUUUGUAGUCAAGAAAUUAUUAAAAAUGAUCUACAACUAAAGGCACUAAUACAGGAUAUACGGGAUUGUUCGGGACCCCAAUUUACACUUGAUGACUUGAAUCUUAAAGUCAAAGACAAAUUUCGUCAACUAAGACGGAAGAUACAGCAUUUCGAACAGCUGGCGAGGGAACAAGACAGUGAGGCAGAUAAAAGUGCCAUCCUGUGUGAAGCAGAUGGUCAUCGAAAACAGAUGGUGAGUAACCAGGCAAUGUGGCGGAAGGCAAAUCUAACUUGCAAGCUCCUCAUAGACAACACAGAGAGAGAUGAACUAUUCAGUGGGGGGAACUCGUCCCUUAAACUCAGGAAAUCCAGUGAGGAGAACCUGCCCCAGACCUCCAGGGACAUUACGGAGUCCCUAAGGAGCAUCAACCGCUUGAUGGUCCAGCAGGUCCAGCAGAGUGCAGGGACCCUUGAUGGCCUAGCAAUCUCUUCGAGAACUGUCCUGGAGACGAGCGAGGAGUUCAAGGCACUGAAUGGAGCCAUCCUUCUGGGGAGGAAGCUGAUCUCCAAAUACAACAGGCGAGAGGUCACAGACAGACUGCUCCUCUUCCUGGCUCUUGCUUUGUUUCUGGCCACCGUAAUCUACAUAGUGAAGAAGAGACUCAUGCAGUACCUUUGACCCUACUAGAGGCAAGGUUUUUGUAACUGGGAACCUGAACAUCAUUUCUUUUUUUUUGCUUAGAAAUAUUAUAGAACAGGGACGAGAGCAUUUGACGACGCAGAGUGCGCGAGAAGGAAAUAUAUUUUACACUUGGUAUGAUUUUUAGACAUGGCGACAAUUAAAAACUAUAGCAUCAAUAAUGUGGUAGUGUGUUGGAAGACUUAAUUUCAGCCUCUUACACAUGGGCACUUGUUUACAUUAUUUGCUUUGUUAUAAAAUGGGGAUAAAGUUCAUCUACUGAACCAGAGGAAACGCUGCUUUCCUCAAAAGUACACACUGGUAUGUCGUCUGUCUGAAGAGUUCACAGAGACCUAGAAUGGAAGAUUUUCAUUAUCAUAUAAUGAUGUAGUUUUUGUAAAAAGACUAGUGGUGACUGCUGCCAGAGUAGAACACAUAGUGUGCACAUUUGUUUGUACUGAUUGUUUUAUGCACAGACUUACUGUUUGUAUAUAUUUUUUUCUAGUUUCAGUCUUUAUUUAUUUUCGAACAAAUUGAUCAGGUCAGAAAUGUUCAUCCGCAAUUACCUGAUAUAUGAUCGAAUCGUUUGUCUUGUGUGGGUAAACUACCUUAUAACAAUAUUUACCAGAAGAGGUUAUACUUUUCACUGUGUUUCAUUGUAUUUCACAUACAUGGCACGUUAGUACUUGAUUUCUUUUCUUUCUCAAUUUUUAUGUUUUAGUGGUUUUGUUUUGUUUUGAGGUUUUUGUUGUGGUGGUGGUGGAUACAACUUAGGUAGGUUAUUUUUCAGUGACUUUGUAAGACAUUUCUAACAAUUCCACUAGGGGUCAGGCUACCUUUACAGAAUCUGCUGCUCCAUCUUUUUUAUGCAUGUGGUCAGUGAAGGUGUGUUUUGUCCUAUGCCAUUUUAAUGACCUGUGAUACUCUUUUUUAACAAUUCAGUGUUGCAUUUUGUAAAAUAUGUACAUUGAAAUGUGAAACUGA